AAUCAUGGGAUAUACUUUGAAAGAUAACGAUGUUGCUUUGUGUAAAGUUGAGUUAGAAAGGAAAACCCAUAAGUCUAAAGCUAUGUUUCUCCCGACAUUUCGGAAACUAAAUCGUAAGUACAGUGAAUGGACUAUUAUUUGUUAUGGGUCUGCUGGAUGAUUGGACUUUACGGGACGGAUUCUUGUUUACACACACAGCGCCUUUCAUUUUACCAUUUCAUUUAGGGAGUACUCCUUUUAUAAACUAAUUUCUAAUUCUAAAAAAACAAACACAUGUAAAAUAUAUUCAUUUUGGGUACAUGAACAUCUGCAAAAGAUGCUAUAAUUAUUACAUGUAUUUAUUGAAUUUUCAUACAAUAAUGUAUUUUUUUUAAAAUUAACAGGUUGUGGUUCCAAGUUUUAUUUAAUUCAACUUUGUUUAUUCUUGUAUCUUUAAUCGCAUCAAAGUUUUCUCCACAUCACAUCACUUGAAAGUAAAAGUUACACAUUCUUACGUUUACAAUUCAACACCAGCUGUCAUGUUGAGUGUUUAUUCCAAAAUUUGCCAAUAAAUUGAAUAAGACACGAUAUCAAUCAUGAAUCUAUUUAAAUAAACAAGUAAAAACUUUUCAUUUUUUUAAAGCAAUCCGUCCCGUUGUAAAAGUUUUGUUUUAAAAUUAUAACCUGUAAAAUUAAUCACAAUGAAUCCUCAUUAUUGACCAUGCUUUACUUUACCGACUUGUAGGCUAAUCGCUAUGUUAGUUUACAUGCAUGUUUCAAAGAUGCAGAACACUUAGAUUACGAUUAUUUAAAAUGCAUUUCGUUUUCUCUAUCUUCUCCAUAUUAUAAAGAAAAUAAUUGUAUAUUGAUAAAAUUUUGAUUCUAAAAUAGUCGGAAUAACGAUGAAUACUACGACUAUUGCUACUCAAGAUAAAAUAAGAUUACAAAUAUGUUCUUCCAUUACCUCGACAAUUUUAAGCAAUUCCCCACCCCCUCCCCCUUUUCAUUUUCUCAAAAACUGUCAAAGUUUCCACGACCCCCCUAUUCAAAUAUGUCAAUAUUUUCCAAACACCAACCCCACUGAAAAAAAAGGAAUUUUAUUAUAAAUAAAUUUAUAAAUACAAAUAUAAAUACAUUUUUACUUUGUGCUGAUCUAUUUUAAUGACACCAAAUUGUAGAUAAAAUAUUUCGUUACAUCUUUAGCUUUUUUAAUCAACAAUUUAAAAAGUUUGUACACUUAAAUUUUAUAAUGCAGAAUCAAUUGAAAGGUUGUUAAAGACUAAUUAUUAUUAUCAUUGUUCGUGGGUUACAUAUGGUUAUUGUCAGUAAAGCUUACACUUAUAGUAUAGUUUCUAGAGGCUUUCAUCUUCUCAAGGAGUAGACAGGUUCUAUCGUAACAAUGGGCAUCAGGGACAUCAUUUGGGUAAGCCAGGAGGAAUUUCCCACCACCCCUUAAUUUGCAGGUUUUUAUUUAAAUUGCUAUGUACUGUGGCGCCUCUAGUAAUAAGCAACUUAACAACCCGACCAAGUUUUGGUUUUGCCCUCCCCCACCCCCUGAAAAAAACAUGAAAUGACGCCCCUGAUGGGUCUAGUCUAUAGUAGCUGAUUUAUCAUUUUCAUCUUGCGGCACUGAUAUACCAGACAAGUCAAACAUCACUCUCAUCUAACCAUUCAGCACUUAAAAUAGAAGCAUUUCGGUGUGAGCAAUAAUUGCCAUAAGCUCUCCCUAUCUCCUUGCAGCUACUCGUAUUAUUGGUCGAAUCCUUUUUUGUUGAGGAGCAGGUGCUAAUUUCUUAUGCUCAAGAGGGCAUUGUCGGUUCUGUUGAACAUGCUUUUUCAACAUGAAUUGUGAUGCAAAAUAGAUGUUACAGAUUUUGCAAACCGUUUAUGAAGCGAUGUUAAUAUUGCUACUCACUUUACAUUCACGCAAUUCUUAAAAUAUCGUAUUCUUCUUCUUUUAUAUAAUAACUUCCUACGAUCAAUUUAUUGAUCAUUUUGGCUUGUAUACAUGUAAAGGGGAUUUGCAAUGUUUCUGUGCCUGGUGUUGAUGAGGAUAUUUCACUGGUUGCAAGGGCGACUUUGUAAGGUUAUCAUGCCCUGAGGAUUGGAAGGCAUGAGGCGCAAAUGUGUCAAGUGUUGUCGCCUCAACUGUUUCUUUUGAGAGUUUGUUCCAGUUCCCGAUUGUCUUUGGCGUUUAUCUUUUAUCUUGACUGCACCUGCCACUUGAACCUUGUCCUUGUUACAUACCUGCAAAAGAAUCUACAGGUGAAGAGAGGCCAACUUUUUACUUCUCUUGCACUAACAAAGUGUGCUAACAUUCUGACCAGCCAUCUGCAGUGCACAGACACACAUUAAAUAAAUCUGAUAUUGUUAAAAGCCUAAAAAUCAUAUGACUAUCUACACUUAUACAUUUUAAAAGAUAAUUUAACAACCCGUCAACUUUUAAGAUUAAAAUUUUAAUAGGGAAAACGUGAUUGUUGACGUCAAUUAAUCUACUCCCCUCCCUCCCUCCCCUUACUCAAGAACUGUCAAACAUUUCCAUCCCCCACUCCCCCCACUCCCCUCCCCUAUUUCUUUGACGUAAUUUAUGGUCGCCCCCUUGGAUUCUUUUAUUGAUCUAAACACAUUUAAAGGUUUUUUUUAAUUGCUUUGUGCAUAUACAUUUUUUUAGCAAAUGAAUAGAUAUUUUAAUUAAGGCCACAUUUUUCAACUAAAACAAUUUAAAUACAACACAUAUACAUUGAAUUAUUUCACGAGUGAAAAAAAAAACACAGUCAUUCAGUGAACUCCCUUAGUCAUAACAGGAACUUUUUAGUUGUUCUCAUUUAGAUUUGUGACUUCUGUGGGGGACACGCUGGUAAGGUCGUACAGAUUGGGAAACAAACGAAUUAUUUUUAUAUCAUUUAAUCCUCGCCCGAUAAAUGAAACCGGUCGAUGCGCAUGUUUUGUUACUUUUAGAUACCAGCGACACACUUUCAAAUUUGCUGACCCCAUUGAUAUGACCUUAGCUGCGCUUAUUUCAACAGAUAUAUAUAUUGCUGUCAUGACAACGGUGUACAUCUUGAAUUAAUUAAUGUCUAUUCAUAGAUUUCUAAAAAUGAUGUAAGAUUUAAAGGUACUGGGGCAGUUAUCAUGUCUACGAAUUUAAAGAACGAUUAAAAAUACACUAACUUGGUUCCAAACCUUUAAAUGGAUUAAUGGAAAUAAUACUUUUAUUCAAUAACCGGAAGAUAUGACUCAGAUGGUACAACCGAGCCAACACACCCUCAACUAUAUUAGUUCCAAUGUGUGUCUGAACGUCCUAUUACGAGGCAACGUUGUUGUUUAUCUUCUAUGUCAAAAUAAUAUUUCAUUGCAUAUUUCCAUAAUUUUUAUAUUUAGAGAAUUCGGUUAUCUAUUUUUAUUAAAGACUUUCCUCGUGCUCGCAAAUCCAUAGGGUUUCUUCGGUUUGCAGCGUAACUUUUGUGUUGUCACUCUUCUUCUUCUUCUUAUAUUUGAGGGGCCCCACGAUCAAUUUGUUGAUCAUUCUGGCUCCUGGUUUAAAUUCAGAGUUUGCCUUCUCCUAGAUGGGUUGCCGUCCAAGGUUAAGGGGGCAGGCUACCAAAAAAAUUUUUUUUUUAAUUAACCAAUUUAGAGCAAUUAUUUUAUUAUGGUCAUGUUAAGCUAUGAAUGGAGAUAUAUUUUCAUGCUUUAAAAUAAAAAAAAUUAUAUAGUUGCCAUGGCAACCAUCUUGAAAAUAAUACCCAUUCGUAGAGUUCUAAAAUUUUAAAAACAAACAUACAUAUUGCUUAAAAAUUGAUUGAUUCAUGAACUUCAAUUAUAUUUAGAGGUACUGAGCUAGUUUAAUUUCCUUAAAACUUUUCAAAACAUUUUUUUUUUAAUUUUUAAAAUUUGCCUCGGCAGAAAACGCUUAAAAUUUACCAUCCUAGGAUAUGAAAAAAAUUAUUUUAACAAAAGUAAUUGACCAAAUUGAUUUUUGAAUAGCUCAUUACCCACAAAAUAGUUAAAGGAAGAUACACACCAAAUUUUAUUACUCUAGCUUGUAUAUUAGCUGAGAUUUUAGAAUUCUACGUUACAAAACAACAGAAAAAAACAAUUUUGAGAAAAAUCAAUUUUAAACUUUAAAAGUGAAAAAUUUUAAGUUUAAUAUGAAAAUGAAGUUCUUUUACAUAGUUUUUUUUGUUCAGCAACAUGGACAUGGUGGUUUCUUAUAUUAUUGAACUGUUGAAUGCACCAGGAACAUGGGUUUUAACUUCUUGAACUUCAUCAGGUGCUCUCGUCAAAAUCACAAUUUUAAACAAAAAAUUUUUUUCCUCUGGAAUAAAGCUAAUUUGUGUUGUAUUAGAAUUUUUUGUUCAGCAUUAUAAUAUAACACAAGUUAUCCAAAGUCCCCAAUCAACCCUUUUGUCCAUGAUCCUUUUAACCAUGCUUAGAUGACAAGGUUAUGUUGCUGUCACCAUCACUGAAAUUAAAGCAUAGUUUCAUGGCAGCAAUGCUAUGUUGAAACUUUUGUACCUAUUCUGUGUACUUCUUUCAUCAAAGAUGUCCCUCAUACCAGAGGUGAAUGAGUUAUUUGUCUAUUAGAAAUGUAAUAAUUGGGAAGAUACUUGCUCAUAAAUGUUUCAUGUCUUCGGCAUAGCGCAGUUUUUAUACUUUGCGCAGGUUAUAAAUUUUGCGGUGCAGCUGGAUUGUUUAUCGCAGAUAUCAUAGAUUGCAACUUUUCAUAGUCCAUGCCAUUGUCCUUCAGGCCUUAGAGUCUAUAAUUGAUAAUGACUUGGUUAUCCAGUUGUUGAUAUGAACAAUCUAACCACUCACAAUCUAGUCAUUGUUAUGUUCAUAGUAUUUACUAUUUUGUUUUGCAAUCAGCUGUAAGUUAUGGCUUCUGCAAUUCGUCCAUUCCACUGCAGACAGAAGAAAAUUGGUAAAAGCUUUGAAUUAUGAUCAUUUCGAAAUCAAUGUUUAGCAGUCCCUCUGUAGAAUUCUUGUCACUGAAGAAUUAACUUUUGCUCGGCUCGGUAGAACUAAUUGGGGGCUGGAAUGGAAUUAAAAAAUUAUAUAAACAUUAUUUAGCAAAUAAUAUAUUGAAAAUGAUCUCAAUAAGCCUAUUAGUAUUAUUUAGAUGUUUAGGAUUGCUAAACUAAAUACUUAUUUUAUUAUAAUUACUAUUAUUAGUCAAUUGAACUGAUCUUAUAAAUAAGAAAUAAUAUAAAACUAAUUAGCUAUUACUAUUAAUAAUUGUAUGCAGAUAAAAAAAAUGAAUAAGGCUAAGAUUAAACUAUUUGAGUUAAAAGAUUCUAAUACGAAUUAUUUUCCCCAUACUGCUAAUGCUAAUACCAUGCCAUAAUUAUAGUAGUAUUACGGCAUAUUGCGUUGUUGUUUUAGUCCUAGCCUUAGUCUUAGCCUAUGCUAUUACUUUGAACUACUCGAUUAUUUAUCAAUGUUGUUUUGUUAGACAACUAUAAAUAAAUAGGCUUAGGAUUCAUAUAAUUUAACAAUUCACUUGAUUGGUAAAUAUGAAGACUAAUAGUAGAAACUUAUGUAAUUCUCCGCAUAAGGCAUAAGCUAAACAUAAACUCACAAACAAUCCACACGCACGAUCAAUCAUCAAGGCAACACAGUGACAGUACUGACGUCCGAACUGAAUAAUUUCAACUAUCACCGAUUGCAUGUUGCUAAAUUAAGGUCAUUUUUUUAGUAUACUUACCUUGAAUUUCUGGCUUUUACCGAAUGGGUAAGGUUGUAAACGUGUAUUUUAAAAUCAAAAUAUGCUGAUGCUUUCGUUUGCAAAAUGUCGUUCUGUACACAGAACCAUGAUCCGGUAAAUACGCAUAAACAACGCAUUUGCGCAUGUGCAAGUCAACGGUAUCUUGGUUACCCUCGGUUCGGAACAAUGAAAAUCGGUAAAAUAAUUGUAUAAAUAGAAGGGAAGAAAAUCCUACACAUACUUCGCUUGUGGAUCCGAUUAUUUGUAGCAAUUAUAUUUACUGACUUCGAUUCUAAAAAUAAAAAAAUCUGCUUGAAUUUACCUUUACGUUGAUAUAUAAUAAUAGCAUAUUAUGUUAUUUAAAACUAGUUUUUUGAGGUCUCAAACAUGGGAUAUGUAUGAAUUUUAUUUUAUUGCCAAAAUUAGGUCAAUUUUUAGAGUGGGGUGGGGUGUUAAAUAUCAGUUGUUUCACAACAAAUCUUUUAAAAAGUAGUAUCAAUUGAUAUGUAAUCGAUUCUAAGAAUGUUUAUCUUCGUAAAAAUGAAAAAAUAAAAAAAUAGACAAUUUUUGAAAAUUUUAGAUAUUUUCGGGCGCCUAACCCCUUAACGAGUCCCAUCCACCCGGGGUGCUUGGGAUGUUGGCUUUGGUGGGGGGAUUGAGCUCAAGACCACCAGCUAUUUGAGACAGUUUGGACCGCUCGGCCACUCCCUGACACUUUCGUUCGGUCGGUUGAGGCUUCGUGGUGUUAACCUGAGAGGUCGCCUGGAGUUGAAGACACGCAGUUACAGCUGCAGUAAGCUGGGGUCGGGGGGAAGUGGGUUUUAUGGUGGUGAGUUUUGGGGGGAAAUAAGAAAAGGUGAAUCAGUCAGUACAUUGGCUGCCGGUGCGUGCUCGCAUAGAGUACAAAAUCGCAACUUUGUGCUACCGCUGCUUACAUGACCUGGCGCCGUCGAUAGACUUUCUCGACGACUGCGGAAUACAUGGGUCAUCUCUCGAGGCCUCAUCCGAUAGUGGCAAACUCUCGACACCACGUGUUUGCCUUGAGACUUACGGAAAGCGCACUUUCGCAUUUGCUGUUCCAACAAUUUGGAACGCCCUUCCUGUCGAUCUUAGAAACAACCAGACACUGGAGUCCUUUAAAACAGAUCUAAAGACACAUCUAUUUCGCAAAUACCUUCUGGGAUGAUUGUCUACCUUAUUUUCCAUGUGUUGCUGUGUUGCUCCGGGUUGAAAUGGCUAGAAAGACUUUGAUAUUGUAUGCUUGUAAUUAGUUUUUGUAGUGUUGUGUUUGUUUUAAAUGUGGUGAAUUAUAAAUAUGUUUUUUGUUGACUUUGUACCGCGCUUCGAGCCUUUGGGGAUGAAGCGUGUUUUUUUAAAUGAACUUUAUUAUUAUUAUUACAUCUAUUUCCGUAUGUAUUUUUCAACGCCUACAAACUUGUAAGAGAAUAUACAUAUCACAACUUAUGCCAAACUUAAAACUACUUGAAGAACUUCUUGCUCCUCGGUUAGGUUAGCUUGGGGUACGCUCGAGUUUCCUCGGCUGAUCAUUUUCGCGUCUUUAACAUUUUUUUUGUAUUAUUUACUGUAUUUCGAAAAAAGUUGAAUGGUUUUGUAGUAAAUGGUGGCGGGUUGGGGAGCUGAAUAUUUUCUAAACGCAACGGGGUCCUCUCCUAGCAUUAGCUCCAGGCAAAAACGGUGUUUAUCAUGGUUAAAUGAAUCUUUUAGAAACAGCUGAUCAAUGAUAAAUUUGAUUUAAAUAUUGCCGUUGGACAGAGUUUAUUAUCAAUAAACCCUCUUGGUAUACACGAGUUGAUUAAGAAGCUUUGUUUUUUUUACAUUUACAUGUUACAAACAUGUCAAUGAAGAGUAAGGUCGAAACAUUAAUUUCCCCGCUCGUACUCAUUGCGUUAACACGAUUCCUCUCUCAAUCAGGUCUCCAGAGCUUGUUGGUGUUCGGAGCAGUGUCUGCGCUUCUGAUUCUUGCUUACUUGUCAACAAAUACAAAGAUUAUUGAGAGCUGGUACCAUCGAUCAGAAGGUGAGAGGCUAAGCCCAACCCUAAAUUACUCUUCAGUCCUCCGCCUCAAUCCCGAGUCUCCCCUGUCCCACCUCCAACUCGGAUGAUUGUCCUCUUAUCAUAGAGCCCUACCCCCUCCCCCUUCCUUUGUCCUAUCGUGCCCCAGCUCACCCCUCACAAAAACCCCACCCUCUUUCUCUUCUCAGCUAAUACCAUCGCAAACAUCAUGUCUCACCUCAUCCCUUUAACUUCAGCAGUUGUAAAGAUAAAUAAAUCUAUGCUCAGGCUCUCUUUAGGCACAUGAAUGUUUCCAAAUGCUUAUUGAACAUCAUCAUCAGUAGCGCUAGAGCCCAAAGGGGUCUCUGGCUUGCUUCACCAUAUACUCUCUUUCAGACCGAUCUCUGGUGUGGCCCAGCUAAUGUAAACCCUUUACUAAAAUACAUCAGGUCUAUUUAAGAGUUUAAUUUUCUCCUUUCUUCUGUGAUAGUGGGAACAGCCUUGGUUUUUUAAUGAAAGUCUUGGCGCUGUCCAUUGUUUUGACGUGUAACGUAGUCUGGGAUACUGAGACGGUGUUUUUAGGGGUUUCCAGACUAGAGCAUGACAUACAUGCUCUUGUAAAGUUCAAACAUAAAUCAAAUAUUGCCUCAUCUAAGAAGGGAACAACUAUCACACGAAACCUCCGCAGCCUAGCAGCUAAAACCCAAAUACAACUACAAAACCCCCCCCCAAAAAUUUAAAUUCAAGUUUGUAUCGAUCAUCUUAACGCAGCCUUACGUAAUGGGAGGAGAAUAGGAUCUGCUGAUUCGAAAAAAAACAUAUGCUUCUCCUCUAAGUAACGUUGUCCAGGAUUCAGAGCUUCCCCAGAGACGUUUCCAGAGCGCCAUCAUCUCUUGGAGACUAACGACUCUUAAACUUUUUGUUCAUCGCUGAUUACCUGUUGACGCUACGAAAAGCCAAUGAUUAUUUGAUAAGACCGCUGAGCACCGUUAUAUAUUUGGACCACUUAAGCAAAACGUCAUGAGGAUCUAAAAUAGUUAUAAAGGUCAAAGAGCCUAAUAUUAUAGCACGUCUGUUGACCUAGUUUUCAUUCACCCCACGUGGUGUCGUGCCCUGGCAUGCUUCAUUUACUUCUCACCCCCCACCCCCACCAUCUUUUGUUGUUACUGACUCACCAAUUAAAUUGGUGACAAGUGCAGCCAUUCCUUUCCACACGACCUUUGUCUGGGAAGGUUUGUCUACGCUUCCAGGUGUGUGCCUGCAUAAAUGGGAGAAAAUCAUUUCUGGCGUUAGGAUUUCUAGACUUUCUGUUCUGGAGGGUUCUGCCCAAUGUUCCCUCUAAGGUUUGUUGGUUCGUGUGCAAAAUCAUAAAGCUGUGUGCAAAUUUUUACAGCAUCAAUUUUUUUGUUAGCAAAAUUUUCAGCCUACAGACACAAACACACACUUAAGUGGAAAUUAGCUUGCGGUACCCAAAACUGCUGCGCGGCGUCUGUAAGAUUGCUGCGCCGCCGCGCAGCUUAAAGGGAACAUUGGUUCUGACUGCCUCAAUAUAUUUCCGGCGGUCAACUGUGACCGUUAGCCUUACGAGACUGAUCAGGGUUACACAUCAAGAGAAUUUACAACCGUUUCCCCAUGUGAGUGUGUGUAUUGUUAUUGUAAAAUUUUUAGUAUUACACAUAAUCCCUUGCUGUGCUUUAAGUUCACAUAGUUUUUAUUUUUGUCAAUUUAAUUUUGUAUUUUUACAUUCACUUAAUAUUAAAAUCAAAUUAAAUAUUGCUUUUAAUAUCACUAGAUUAGGUUUAGUUUUCUUUUGUAUAUGGAUUUUCAGGCCUCUUUACUUAUUGUUCAUCUUAAAACAGAUUACAUUUGUAAAGCCCUAUAACGGUGCAUAACACUAGUUUGAGAACUCUAGCCUUAACAUCAUGUGACUAAAUGUUUUACAGGAGGAAGCUCUUCAAGGUUAUCGAAAUUGGCCACUCCCAUAAGCGGGACGAAUUGGACGUUGAAUGACUUCAUAAACCAUUUUCAGAUCUUGUUGGGGCCCCCCACUGAUUCUCAUAAACAGAGUUUUGAGAAUCCUUGUCAUGGAAAUACAGGUAACACUGUACCAAUCUUAUCGUAUGUUAAUUUUUAAAUCAGUAUUACAAGGCGUUCCUGUCUGUCUGGGUCUGUGUGUGUGUGUGAGUGUGUGUGUGUGUUUGGGGGUAUUGAGAUAGAGAUAUUGUGUGUUGUGUGUAUGUAUAGCAGUGGAGCUAUUGACUAACCAUCAAACAUUCUAAAAAAUAAGCAGUAUAAAUACGACUGGAUUCUUAAAAACAGUGAUAGGGAUUUUCUAUUAUAUUACGGAAGUCGAACUAUCUCCUUAUAUUUAACUAUAUGUAUUUUUUUAUAUCUAAUUACUAUUGUUAUAAAUUAUAAAUGCAUUUAACAUAAUAAUUAUAUAAUUACGUUCAGUAUUUUACCUGCAUGUGACGGUUAAGAUAUGGUCCUCUGUGUAUUAAAUUAUAACUGUCAUUCAUUCGUAAGCACUUUUAUUGGGAGAACGCGAAAAUCCAGCUUUUAAGUUGGACACGUCGACAUCCAGCGUUGCAUUUCAGGCCUGAAUAACCUUGUCAGAGAUAAAGAUUUGAACUUAUAUUUUCUACCAUGCAAACGAGAUUAUCACACAAAUAAAGAAGGUGACAAAAGACAAAGCUCCAUUGAUCUCUUUUGUUGUUUUGUCAGUUAGGUUCAACCCCAAGAUAUUUUUUUAAUGCUAAUAUGAUGCCAGGCAGGUGGGCCAAAAGGGGCUUUAUACUUUCAACAUGGUCUGACCAUCGUGUGUAAGACAUGGCCUGAAGAGAACAACCAAAACUCUUCUGCCAGCUUUUGAAUCGCUGUGGACUAAAAGUAAACAAGUUGUAGAAAUCGUGUAAAGUCCUAAAGUUUGAUAUGGCUUCAGGAAUGCAUCCCGUGGCAUCGUCUCCUAACAAAAUAAGCGUGUGGCAUGAAAAUAAAUGUGUUUCAUAAGGCUCAAGUAAUCUUACCUUAAUCAAGUAAUCUGCACCUAUUUACUUGUCUGCCAUGUUGGCUGGAUUGUCUUAUCAAGACAAUCCGAUAGUGGAAUACGCGGUUCUUCCAAUGUUUUCUUUUAUCACCUGUGCUAUAUCAUAUCCUGUUGUACGGCUUGUAAAGACAAACUGUAGAAAGCCUUCUAUAAGUUCAUACUAGCUUUCUAUCGUAUUACAUAAAGCAAGAGAAAUAUUGUUUUGUUCAACUUCACUUCAGACAAGCCAAUCAAAAUAAUGCUCGUUUAACUUCACACCAGACAAGCCAAUCAAAAUAAUGUUUGUUUAACUUCACUCGAGACAAGCCAAUCAAAAUAAUGCUUGUUUAACUUCACUACAGACGGAAAAAAAUAUAUCAAGUGCAUAAGAGAGAAAGAGAGGGAGCAAUGUGUACAAAAUAUUUUAUAAUCAAAUAAUUUUGCGUGAAAAUUUAAUCUUUAAAAGUAAAGCCAUAAUGCUUUCAUUUCUCGAAAAUAUCAUUCAGUGGCUUAAAGAAACAAUGAAUUAAGAAUUUUUUAAAAAUAAAAAUAAUUUUAUUUUUACUUUGGGAAAAAUACAAUCACGAAAAAGAAAGUGUGGGUAAAUGUUUAUGAGAUUAAAAAAAAAUAUAUAUCUAUUAAAAAAAGGAUGUUACAGACAUGAAAAUAAGUUAAGAUUUUCUAAAGGUAUAAAAAUGAUGUAUCUAACCAUUAUAGAAAAAUAUAGUUCUGGAGUGAGGCAAAAUUUAAGGAAAAUUUAUGAAGAUUCCUAUAUUAAAAUCCGUAAAUAGUACAGAUUUUUAUUUUUUUAAUUUCCAUAAAAUUAAAUACAUGUUUACGUAAUUUUCUUUGAUAAUACAAUACAUCAUAGCGUGAUUCAAUUACUUACGUAAAAAUUAAAAUUAUAGACGUUGAGACUUCUUCGAAACAAGAAGCACAAAUAGCACACUAUGCCUCCCAUCUGUGUCCCGGGAACAGCGGGUCAUAUCUUCCAGUUUAAAGUAGAUCAGUAUGAAAUCAAUUAGUGCAACAGAGCAACCAAUACCAUGGAAUGUGUGGCUGACGUAAUAGGGGGAAAUGGCACUUGGAUGUGUUUAAGUGUUAUUUUGAAGACACAAAUAUCGAUGACAAUAAUGAUUACGACAAAAAGAACAGUUAAGUUAAAAACUCGUCCACUAAACAUUUUUGUACAUAUAAAUUGCUAUAUGAGGGCAAAUACCUUAAAGUUUAUUUUAUUUACCAGCGUGUACUCCCAACUGUACAUAUAAAUUGCUAUAUAAGGGCAAAUAGCUUAAAGUUUAUUUUAUUUACCAGCGUGUACUCCCAACUGUACACGUCCACUGAGUAACUCGAGUGAUGAGAGACUCACAGAUGUCCUCAUGUCUCCCAACCUGACACUGUCAAACCAACAGAGAGACAACAUCUUGUCCAUGACAGAUUCCAUCCCAGAGAAUGACAUCAUCUUCCUGUCAGCCAGCUCCUCCAACCAUUAUGACGAAAUGCAGGCCAUGUUUCACAAUCUGCACACCGUUGUCUUUCCUAUAUUGCCUAAUAUUACUGUGGUCUUAUUUGACAUUGGACUUACAGAAGAGCAAAGAAUGCGGGUAUUCAUAUUAGUUAAAUAAAUCAUCCCAUAUUAGCUCAUUAAAUUGAUAUGUUAUUAUACUAAUUUUUCAUUUUCUUUUUUCUAAAAAAGAGAUAGUGUCCGCUAAGAAUAAAGGGAAAUCAAUAAGAGAUGCUGUUUUUGAAAGUACAUUUAAUUUUUUUUUUUUUAAAUUAGUAAUAUUAGAAAUAAUAUUGUAAAGCUUAUGUUAAAACAUAUUUAAUGUUAAUAACUGUAUUUCCAGCACCGAAAAUCAUAUCAAUCUAAUAAUUUUCUUUACUUUAUAUUUUUAAAGACUGAAAGAAAUUGCCGAUGUCACUUGUUGAGAUUUCCUGUUGAAAAAUUCCCCCCUCACAUGAAAGAAAAUAUUUGCUAUUCCUGGAAACCAGUGAUUAUCCGGGUCAGUACAAUCGCAACGUCGGAGAUGUAUAACAUUUUAUGGAACCCAAAUAUAUAUUUCGCUAUCGACCAUCUGAAUGGAAAAUUUAAUUCAUUUGCCUAUACUAUAAUUCUUAAAAAUCUCAAAUCAUAAAAUAUCAGUGAAUGGCUUAACAUCGUUAAACGCUUUUCGUAUGCUGAUCUUUUGAAAGUGGACGAGGUUUCCUUUAAAACCGAUCUAAAGACACAUCUAUUUCGCAAACACCUUCUGGGAUGAUUGUCUACCUUAUUUUACAGUUAAUGCAUAAUGGCUGUGUUGCUUAUGGUUGAAAUGGCUAGAAAGACUUAUAAGUCCUCCACCCCCCCACCCCCCAAAGCCAAUGUCAUCAUUUUAAGCCUCUUACCUGCUCAGAGAUUGCUGUCAACCUCUUGCAAAACCGGUAAACUGAGCUAAGGUUUUAAUUGAAAUAUUUCUUCAUUAUUUAUUCUUUGUUUCUGCUAUUCACUGACGAAGGCUUCUCGCCGACACGUUAAGUUUUUUUCUUCCUAUUAUUUUUCGUACGAGCUGAAGCAAUGCAACCUUUUUGCGCGUGUACAAUUGGAAUAGGUGCAAAAUCUUGACUAAUAAAUCCAGAUGGCGCGCCAUAUAUCCACCAAUUGAUCAUGUCCUUUAAGCUGUCAUCAGCAUAUUUCUCUUUUAAAAUGGUUUGUGGUCAAAUCGUGACUGAGAAAAUACUUCAGAUGGAACUGGUAUUAUUUUGGAAAAUAAUUCGCAUACAAUCAAGUUAGACUAGGACGUUGCGGUAUCUUUUCAAAGGGACGUAAUAAUAAUGACACUUGCAAUGCACUUGAAUUUCAUUACUUAUGUCCCUGUGGAGCGGACAAGAUCCACUCGGGAAUUAAUAAUAUCCAGUGUUUGAUUCUGAAAACAGUCGCCACACAUUAAACUUUUUCUGUGUAACAUUCUUGCCCUUAAAUUUACGUAGAUGAGUGAGGCUUACAAUUGAUCCAGUUCUUGAAAAAGAUUAAUUUAAGAUAGAUAAAAUACUGCAUUUAAUAAAAAUACGGUGGAACCUCUCAUAACCAGGACCUCUCAUAACGAGCACACAAAAAAUGUGAAGGAGUUGCUCCCUUAACGAGCGAUAUUUCGCAUGAGUUACGCAGAAAGGGGAGUCCCGUUUUUCUGACAUUCAUUUGUGAUCCGGGACUUCCGCGCCGAUGCAUUAGUACAGCGGUUCUCAAUCUGUGGGUCCUUGACCCCUUUGGGGGUAGCGCGGCCCUUUUCCGUGGGUCGCCUUAGACUAUCUGAAAACACAUAUUCUUACAGCUAUGAAGUAGUAACGAAAAUAAUUACGUUACUGGGCGGUCGCCAAGACACGAGAAACUGUAUUAAAGGGUCGCGGCACUAGGAAGGUUGAGAACCAUUGCAUUAGUCUGUGUUUAGCACUCGAUCUGUUAGCGUAUUGUUUUCGUGUGUGAUCACCAGUUUUUACAAAUUUUGUAUUCAGACAAAGUGUAAUAACCUAUGCUAAAAUGUCUUCGAAAAAAAAACAACACAAAAAGACAAUCAUAAAAGAGAAAAAAUAACUGUUGAAAUGAAACGUAAAAUCAUUGAAAAGCGAGAACAAAGAUGUGAGCGUGGCUAUUCGUGCUACACAUUUAUUCAAUGCUAAUGCUGUGACACAUUUUUGUCAAAUUUUGAAGCGUCGGAAAAAACAGAUGUCUUUAGACAGUUUUCUAGUUAAAAAGGAUUAAUUAUUUGUCAUAAAUUCAUAUUUUUAUUUCCGUUUUUUGUUUCAAAUGUAAAUUGUAUUCCAAGUUGUUACACUCCUUAACAACUCAUAAGUAAUUUUAUUUGAAUAAAUGUUAAAUAAUUUUUUUGAAAAAUUAGUAUUUUUUUCAGUAUUAACGCAUUAUCAUAUUUUACAUUGAUUUGUAUGGGAAAAAAUGUUUCGUUUAACGAGUGUUUCGCUUAACGAGUAAGAGUCUGGAACGAAUUAAACUCGUUAUGAGAGGUUCCACUGUAAUUAUAAAUAUUUUUAUUCUUAAUUUAUUUUUUCAAUGCUUCAUGAUUUCCUUCUAUGACGCACAGGCCACCAUGGAGAAGGCUCGUCAAAUACUUGUAUACCAAGAUGCUUCCAUUCGUUGGUCGCCAAACAUCAUCAAAGUUUUAAACAGGACAAGAACGUUCGGUUUGCAGUAUCACAGAAGCGACUUCAUAUCCAGAAUUUCAUUGCAUACAAUGAGAGAGGUUAGAAAACUAGGAUUUUUUACUUUAUGUUUGUUUCGUUUUUAUGUUUUAAUUUUUUUUAUUGUUCCCCAAAUAACGCUUGUUCUUGUUAGAAAAUUCUUUUCUAGGACUGUUUUGAAAGCUACUAGAUAUCUUAAUAUCUUUUAGAAGAAAUAAUCUAUUUAAAAUAUAUAUAUAUAUAUAUUUGGGGGGGGGGGCCAUCGUGUCAAUAAUAUACUAGAUGACAGCGGGAAAAGUUUGAAAUGUGGUUUGAAUUUACUAAAGAAACAUUAGAAAAAUAAUAAAUUUUAAAUGUUUUUUUUUUUUUUUUAAAUAACCAACGAUUUAACUAAGCUCUUUCUCUUCAAGAUGUUUGAUUAUUUCGGAGAGAGUCCGUGUGCUUUUUCUCCAUUCCCUGAAAUCGAAGCCAACAACGGCAUGUACAAGAACGAUCCGUUUGUCAUACACGCCGUCCUAGAGCCGUGGGCCCGUUGUGCACUGGAACCAUCAUGCAUCUGUCCUGUUCCACCUGCAACAGUGGUAAACUGCAAUAAACCCGUCGCUGAACCCAGGUGCCACAGGUGAGAAUCGAUUAAACACGUUAAGUUGAAAAUGUUAAGUUAUUAUUUUUUUUAAAUGAGGAGAGAUCUCUUUGUUCAUUGACCGAAUGUCGCGCUCACGACUGCACGAGAUAAACUAAUAAUAUUUUAAUAAACUGUUUUUAUCAUUUUCAUAAUUCGAUGACUUAAAAAACAAGGGGUCACUAUUUCAAAUAUUCAAACGGUUAAUUUUCUUCAUUUGUCUGGUAACAUAGCCUCUAAAUUUGGUAUAAAUCCUCUUACUUAGCACAAGAUCAAUGGAUUACCUUGAUAUCCAUUGCUCUAGUUGAAGUUUAUUUAAAAAAAUUGUAUCUUAAGAAAACUCAUUUUCUUUUACAUUAUUACCCUUAUCUCUGCGAAAUAAAUUAAAAAAGAGGUUCAUUUUAAAAGAAUAAAAGUUUAUCCAACAAUACCAUAACACGUUUCCCCCCAUGUUUUUCGACUAAUAAAUAUAUAAUUGUUUUUGGCGUUUCAAUAAAGAAAAGAUAUUGUUUUGUUUUGUUGUUGCAAUGUUGAGAAGAAAGCGUUAAAAAUAUGUAUAAUUUUAUGAUAACGUAACCUACUUUUCUUUUUCUCAUAGGUUCGAUCAAUCGGCCAUGGGAAUCUUAACAACAAAAUUAUUUAAUAAAGAUAUUCACAGAAUUCUUGGUCCUGGUUACCAUUAUGUUGGAAUACGUCGUGAACAUAAAAUGAAAGACUACUUCUAUUCCUUAGAAAACCCUCAACAUUUUGCAAAUCAAACAAACACAUCAAUUUCAAAAGUGUAGGCAUUUCUUUAUUACUUGUGUAAUAUAAAUUGUAUUUUUAAACC